GACCUUGAAGCAACAUUGAAUAUCAUUCAGAGCAGAGGGUUGAAAGCCUUAGCAUGGCUCAGAGAUAAGCUGGAUGGCACAAAGUUUGCACUGCCCGCAAUUUACCAGCCAGCCAGCCUCAUUCCAAUGCAUUUGUGGAGGGCCUCCCCAGCCAUGACAAAUGGAAACAAGCAAGCACACCAUAAUGCCUAUCGUGAGGGUGUUCAUCUAACACUGCUUGCUGGUGUCAUGAAAGGAAUGAGAUAUGAC